CCAUCGAACAAGAUUCAAAUGACUUGAGAAGUUAUGAUUGGGCAUAUUUAUUUCUCUUCUGCCAGCUCAGCUUUCAAAGCAGUUGUUGGUUGGAAGAAAGAGAGGACCGUUUCAACACUUGUCCAACCUCUCCAUUUAUCAAUUUCUCAUGGAUGAAUUCCAGCUGCUGCUUGCUCUCCUUGGGGGCAUCUGUUGUUCCAUUUUCCUGCUAAAGUGCAUUUGGUUUUUGAAGUAUUUUCUUCCUUACAUAUGGAAUAUUUUGCCUUCAUCUUAUUUUCGUUCAAUGGGAGAAUGGGCAGUGGUCACUGGAGCAGGAGGUGGAAUUGGAAGAGCCUACUCAUUGGAGCUUGCCAAGCACGGAUUAAAUGUGGUUCUCAUAAGUCGGUCACUCAAAAACUUGGAGAAGGUAGCCUUGGAAAUUGAACAAACGACUAAGAGAACUGUGAAAAUCAUACAAGCUGACUUCACAGAAAAUGACAUAUAUGAAAACAUUGAAGAAAACCUUCAAGGAUUAGAAAUUGGGAUUUUGGUUAACAAUGUUGGAAUGCUACCUAAUCGUUUUCCGUGCCAUUUUCUUAAUAUUCCAGACAAAGAUGAGGACCUCAUUAAUUGCAACAUCAUGUCUGUCACUAAGAUGACACGAAUCAUUUUGAAACAAAUGGUGGCAAGAAAAAAAGGUCUAAUUCUUAAUCUUUCAUCAGCCAUUGGCACCUUUCCUUGUCCUUUAUAUGCAAUCUAUUCUGCAUCUAAGGCUUUUGUACACACAUUUUCCAAAGCACUUCAAGCAGAAUAUAAGUCAAAAGGAAUUGUGAUACAGGCAGUGACUCCCUUUGCUGUUUCUACUCCGAUGAUCAUGCAUAAACAGCCUAAUUUGAUCACCAAAGCAGCAGAAGAGUUUGCACAAGAGUCACUGAGAUAUGUUACACUUGGUGAUGAAACAUUUGGAUGUUUAGCCCAUGAAAUCUUGGCACGAUUUGUACAAUGUAUUCCUUUUCGGUUGCUCCAGAGCAACAAAGUACAAGAAACUGUGAUAUGUUAUAUGAUGGAGCAUUCCAAAAGAUAAAAUCUUAUCCACCUCAGUGAGCCUGCUUCAGGAUCUGGUAUGAAUUAUAGCAGCAGUCAACUUGAUUAAUUGCAAGAUUUUGAAACACACAUGAAAAGAGUCCUUCAAUAUCUUUUUUUAAAAAAUCAUGUAUUCAUUUCUGCUUUGUUUAUCCAUUUUUUAUUGCUUCCACUAUUUGCUGAUGCAUAUUCUUAAGCACUGUUAUUUCCACCAUGUUUUAUAUUGUUGAUUUGAUUUUCACAAUGACUUUAGUGGGAAAAAGUUCAGAUAUGAACAAAUGAGCAAAUGGAGUAAUGAAUAUUCAGUAUGUAUCCCUUCUGUAAAUCAAAGCUAUGAUAUAAUUUUAGUCAAUUAUCUGAUUUUGUCUGUUGUAACUAAAAGUGAUAAUUCAUCCCAAAGGAGAAUACUUUUCUUUUUAAAUGAUAGAUGGCAAUUAUUUUAAAAGAAAUGAAGAUGCCUUUUUAAAGAUAAUGCUUGCUAUCUAUCUUUCUAUAGCUUUCGAUCAUCAUCUAUCUAAUCUAUUUCUUGAUCUAUCUACAUGCAUUUUUGCAGCUUAAUAAAUAUUAAUCACAAAGCCACUUGUUUUCUCUUUUGCUUCUAUAUCUUCCUUAUUUUUCUUCUGAAGCCCAAACAACCACCAUACAGAGUGAUAAUUAGAAUAGAUAUGUACUGAUAGUAUCCAUACCUGUUAAGAAAUAUUUAGCAUUAGGUAUUUUUAUCAAGGUCUAUUUCUGGGCUGAUUCAUUCUGAAUACAUACAGUUCAUCUGUAGUUUGGUUGAAAUUUUUGUAACUUUGAGUUCAGAAUGAACCAACCCAGAAGUUAAUAAAAAAAAUCCAUCAGAUAAUAUAUGGUUAUAAUUCACUAGGUUGACUGGAUUGGAAACUUGUUUAAGGAACUGGGAAUGUUCAAGGUCUCUCUCAUUUCUUUUUUACACUGCCAACACACACCUAAAUCACUUAUCACAUUUUUUCAUUAAUUGGUCUCUUAUUGCUAUCCUGACAUGUGAAGAUGUAGGAGAAUAUUUGAAUAAACAUAGUAUAUAGUAAAACAUAGGUCAAACUAGCUACAUUGUAGUUUGACUGUCCUCUCUUUCUCUUUCUCCUCCCCUGAGCAAACACUGAGGAAACCAGUAUCUUUCAGUAAACGGGCAUUACUUGUUUGGGUCCAAAAAAUCAAUAUUCUGAAUUGGGUUCUUCAAUACAAGAUCUGUUCAGAUAUUUACAAGAUUUGUACAUACAUGAUAGAACCAGGUAUGAAAACAGGUGGAGGAGCCAAUGCUGAUUGAGAAUACACUAGGGAACAGAGCAUUAAUUUUCAUUUCUGAAUUUCAAUGUAAAUGAAACGCUGUUUACUUUCAGUAAUAGAAAAAAAGAGCUACUAGCAAUGUCUUUAAUUUUAAUUAAAUUGUGGUUAAUACUGUAAAAAUAGUCUGUUGAAUGGUAAAUACCUA